UUAAAAUACAAAUCUUCUCAUUUGUUUUUACAGAGAGGGUAAUAUCAAGUUGAGAUGAUGACCAUGCCUUACCACUCUUAGACUCUCAGUUCUCAUUUGCCGCCGGUGCCGCCGCCGUUGAUUUCAUCCAUUUGAAAAAGUGAUGGGAAAGGACGCUAAAGCAAAAGAAGCGGGAGGGAAGGGCAAGGGGAAACAGGCAGCAAGUAGUAAUGAUGAUGGUGGUGCUUCAAAGGGAAAAGGUAAAGGAGGAAAGGCUGAUGGACUUGGCACCUGUGCUUAUGUUAAAGCACGCCAUAUAUUAUGCGAGAAACAAGGAAAGAUUAACGAAGCGUAUAAGAAGCUGCAAGACGGUUGGCUUAGUAAUGGCGACAAGGUUCCACCUGCUGAGUUUGCAAAGAUAGCAACAGAAUAUUCGGAGUGCCCAUCGGCUAAAAAGGGAGGAGAUCUGGGAUGGUUCCCACGUGGGAAAAUGGCGGGUCCAUUUCAAGAUGUUGCUUUCGCCACACCUGUUGGAGCUACGAGUGCCCCCUUCAAGUCAACCCAUGGAUACCACAUUAUCUUGGGUGAAGGAAGGAAGAACUGAUGAUCGAAAUAUUGCAAAAUUCGAAGCGAUCACAUUGGCCUUCUCUCGAGACUUGGAAACUAGUAAGUCGUAAUAAUUCUCUAUUUUCUUUCACAAAAUACUAUUUGUAGACUCGGUUUACCAAUGUGCAUGUUGGAGUUAUCUGCUUCGAGAUCAUCUACAUUAUAUCUUUUUCA